AUGACCUUCAACUAUACCCUCCCCCUGCGCGUACUGCAAGCCCUGUUCGCGAUAAUAGUCCUCGGCUGCAGCGCCUGGAUCGUUUCGCUCUACGACGUGCCCGGCGCGCGCGCCCCGUCGUCCAUCAGCUUCCUGCUCUUCACCUCCAUCUGGACGCUGCUAGCCCUCAUCUACCUGAUCGUCGCGCCCGCGCGCUUCCCGCAGUAUGCGCACAAGUUCGGCAUCCUCGGCGUCGAGGCCGUCACCAUGCUGUUCUGGUUCGCGGGCUUUAUUGCUGCCGCGGUGUGGAUCGACAACUGGGGAAGCUGUUUUGGAAGAGGGUGCAGGACUGCGCAGGCGGCGGUCGUGUUUGGCGCUUUUGAGUGGCUCUUGUUCACGGCUACGACUGUGAUGGCGGCGCUGCAUGUCUGGCGCACGCGCAAUACGCAGAAUAAGAACAUGGAUCCCAACAUGGCCGUCCACAACACCGUCUAG